AAUCAAUCAAAGAAAGUUGCUGAUUUAAAAAGAAGAAAGCACUGGGAGCAGUCAGAGGGAGCCUGGGGUGACAGCGCAGAGACAUCGCACAUCCUGGUUAUGAUGGCAACAGAAAAUACAGGUACACAGGUCGCACACACAGACCAUUUUAUGGACCUUGAGGACCCGAGGGUGAAGUAUGAGCACUCAUGGCUCCAUCGUCACUGUAUGUCGCCCACAACUCAUCAUCGACGGGCACAAAAAACAGGCCGGCUCUUCUCGGGGCUCAUUGCUUUGAAUGUCAUGGUUUUGGGGGCUGCUGUGGUUAGUAGUGUGAUACUCAGUAAUGGGAUUGUGCCAGAGAUGCACAUACAAAUCUUCCUCACUGUCUUCAUGUUGUUCAGCUCAGUCUGGGCGCUCUAUCACCUGCUGUACGUUCGUAAGAAGAAAUAUGCUGUCAUCCUCCGGGACCACCAUACGGGUGCGCUAUGGCUGAAAGCCUCACUUGCCCUUUUUGGGUUGUGCAGCGUCCUUCUGUCCAUCUUCAAGAUUGGCUACGUCAUACUUACGUUGAAUUGCAAGUUACCAAUGAAUAUCAUCUUCUCCUGCGUGGAGAUAGUGUUUGUCAGCAUACAGACCAUUCUCCUGUGGGUUUGCUGUAAGGACUGCAUUCAGGUCCAGCACAACAUUACCAGGUACGGCAUCAUGUUGACAUUGACCACCAACAUGCUUCUGUGGCUCCUUGCUGUAAUCGAUGACUCCCUGGAAAGAGAUCUGGAAAGCUUACAGUCCAACAUAACACAAGAAUUAAAAAAAGAAAUAUCAGCCUGUGAAUGCCCAACUCACUCCCUAUGCUGGACCUUUAAGAAGGGAUUUGUGACUAUGUACCCCUUCAAUCUCGAGUACAGCCUGAUCUGUGCCUCAAUACUCUACAUAAUGUGGAAGAACGUUGGAAGGAAAGAACAGCCUCAUCCCAAAACUUCCCUGCCUAGGUUCCGUCUGCGUGGAGUAGUAUAUGGACCUUUAUUGGGAGGAGCUGCUCUUCUUGUUGGGAUCUCCAUCUUUGUCCAGUAUCAGGUCCAGGCAUCUGUUGGGUUGGUGCCUUUUCUAUCAUUUCAAGUUUACUAUGGCUACAAUCUGACUAUCUUGCCAGCCAUGAUAAUCUGCAGUGUGGUGGGUAUCCUUGUCUACAGCUUCAGAGAGAAGGACAAGAAGGGCCAUGGAAAUUAUGGGACAGAAGGAGAGACAGACAUCAGGAUGGGCAGGAAAUACAAACUAAAGUUUCAGGUAAACGGAGCUCACUUCCAAAAUCUUGGUGCAAUCAUUGGGGAAAACAGGAAAGAGGAGAGCAAACAUACUGAGGAACCCGCAGUGUAUAACCCCUACUGGCAUGAACUGAAUGACACGCAAGGGCAAAACUACAGAAACGACAGCAUCCAAUGGCAUUUUGAUGAACACAACCCAGGGCAGCAGGAAAAUAAUCAAUGCAGCCAGGGGCAAAUUGCAGAUAAUAAUUAUAGCCACGUAGAGAUAUUCCAUAUAGAGCAGGGUCUGGGACAGACAGUGGCAGACAAUGAUCUUCAACAACAAAACAAACCAGAACACACUCAGACAGUGGUAGACUGGGCAAACCCUGGUCAAUGUAAAGAAGAAGACAUAAAACACAGUGACGGGCAGAUGGUGGAACACAGUGGGGAACACACAGGGCAUAAGUACGUCCAGAGGCGGGCAGCACAAAGCCACAACCUGACAGGGGACAUCUCUAAUCCGCACAAAACCCACCAUGGAAGCGCUUCAAAGAAUUAUGCCCGUAGCUUGGAUGUUACCCUACUAUUGGCAUCAGCAGUGGGUCAGUUUUGCAUUUCGUAUUUCUCUAUAAUAGCCAUAGUGGUCACCAAUGCAUGGGACUCGCUGAACGCCCUCAGCUUGUCAAACUCGCUGCUCCUUGUCCUCCAGUGUUUGUCUCAGACAAUGUUCAUCAUUGAAGGAAUGCAGGGGGGGCACGAGGAGCAGAAACACCUUGCAGCACAACCUCAAGAAACCUCCCGUCGCAUGUCCAUGCUUGAGAUCCGCAGGGCGUCCCUCGCCUACCUGCAGGACGCUGGGCGUCUGAGUGUGAGCCGCAGGGUGGUCAAGGAGACUGCAAUGUUCCUGAUUCUCUGUAAUAUCAUGUGCUGGAUCAUGGGCGCCUUCGGAGCACACCCUUUGUAUAUGAACGGCUUGGAGCGGCAUUUUUACGGAUCCACAAUAUGGCUAGCCAUCCUCAAUAUUGGCCUGCCGCUGUCGGUCUUCUACAGAAUGCACAGUGUGGGAAGCUUAAUGGAAGUCUAUAUUCAUGCAUGAGUGUCACUUUCUAAGCCCAGCAGGGCGUGGGGUUGUAAAUAUGGAUUUUAUUAUCA